UUUUGGGGGCCCCUGUUUUUACUUCAUGAGAAUUUCAGAAGUGACCUUCUGAAAGACAAUCUGUAUGGUUUGUGUUUUGCAACAGGAGGUGCUGCUCCAUGAAGAUCUCAGUAAGAAAGGAGUGUAUUGUAACCAUCCUGUCCUCCUUCAGCUGCUUUCCCUUGAGCGGGCCUGAAUGAAGACAAAUGUAAAGAUGGCAUGUCCAAGGAAUUUUAAAAGGUGUAGACCUCCUGACUGAGCAGUACUGUGUAUUUAAUUCUCUUUAAUUGGUAAACUGCUGUUCUCUCACAGGUGAAAGUCAUGAUCACGCUAACAGAACUCAAAUACUUAGCAGAUGCCCAGUCAUCCUACCACAUCUUAAAACCAUGGUGGGAUGUCUUCUGGUAUUACCUCACCAUGAUAAUGCUACUAGUUGCCGUGCUUGCUGGGGCCCUCCAGCUUACUCAAACCAGAGUAUUGUGUUGUCUUCCUUGCAAGCUAGAAUUUGACAAUCAUUGUGCCGUGCCUUGGGAUUUAGUGAAAGCCAACCUUAACAUGUCGGCUAGUUCUACAGCACAGAUAAUCAUCCCGCUUAAAAUCCAGAAUGAUCUCCAUCGGCAACAGUAUUCCUAUAUUGAUGCAGUAUGUUAUGAGAGACAGCUACACUGGUUUGCCAAAUUUUUUCCAUACCUAGUGCUUCUGCAUACCUUUAUUUUUGCAGCUUGCAGUAAUUUCUGGCUUUACUAUCCCAGCACAAGUUCCAGGCUUGAGCAUUUUGUAGCCAUUCUUCAGAAGUGUUUUGAUUCUCCAUGGACAACGCGUGCCCUCUCAGAAACAGUUGCUGAGCAGUCUGUGAGGAAGUUGCCAAUAGCCAAAUCAAAAGCAGUGAUUUCAUCACCUGGGAGUUCAGUAGACAUAGGGGCCAGCAGACAGUCCCUGCCAUAUUCUCAACCUGGUUUGGAAACAACUGGAAGAGAAAAUUCCUCAAGUGUUCUUGACAAAAAAGAAGGGGAACAAGCUAAAGCUAUAUUUGAAAAAGUGAAGAAAUUCAGAGUACAUGUUGAAGAGAAGGAUGUCAUAUAUACAGUGUAUAUGAAACAGAUUAUAGUGAAAGUCAUUGUAUUUGUAAUAAUAAUAAUUUAUGUUCCCUACUAUUUAUCAUUUAUUACACUUGAAAUUGAUUGUGUAGUUAAUGUUCAAGCCUUUACAGGCUACAAAAGGUACCAGUGUGUGUAUUCGCUAGCAGAAAUUUUUAAAGUUUUGGCUUCAUUUUAUGUUGUUUUAGUGAUCUUCUAUGGCUUAACUUGUACUUACAGUUUGUGGUGGAUGUUAAGAAGUUCACUUAAGCAAUACUCUUUUGAGAAGUUGAGAGAGAAAAGUAAUUACAGUGAUAUACCUGAUGUAAAGAAUGACUUUGCAUUUAUUCUCCACUUGGCAGAUCAGUAUGAUCCUCUUUAUUCUCAGCGAUUCUCAAUAUUCCUGUCUGAUUUGAGUGAAAACAAACUGAAACAGAUAAAUCUUAACAAUGAAUGGUCAGUGGAAAAACUGAAAAAUAAACUAGUAAGAAAUUCCCAAGACAAGAUUGAACUUCACCUUUUUAUGUUAAAUGGUCUUCCAGACAGUGUAUUUGAACUGACAGAAAUAGAAGUCCUAAGCCUGGAACUUAUUCCUGAAGCCAAACUUCCUUCAGCUGUGACUCAGCUAGUCAAUCUCAAAGAACUCAAUGUUUAUCAUUCAUCACUAACUAUGGAUUAUCCAGCAGUCAGCUUUUUAGAAGAAAAUCUGAAAACAUUGCGCCUGAAAUCUAGUGAGAUGGGAAGAAUUCCAUUUUGGGUCUUUCAUCUAAAAAACCUACAAGAAUUGUGCUUAACAGGAUAUUUCAUGCUAGAUCAUCACAGCUCCAUAUACAACGAAAGCUUUCAGGGGCUAAAAAAUCUGAGAUCAAUUCAUUUAAAAAACAACCUUUCUCGUAUACCUCAAGUGGUUACAGACCUUUUGCCUUCCUUACAACACUUGUCUAUCAACAAUGAGGGAAAUAAACUGAUAGUACUAAAUAACCUGAAGAAGCUAGUAAACCUGAGAACCUUGGAAUUAAUCUGUUGUGAUUUAGAGCGCAUUCCUCAUUCUAUUUUUACUUUAAACAAUUUGCAUGAAAUUGACUUAAAAGAAAAUAAUCUCAGAACAGUGGAAGAAAUAAUUAGUUUUCAACAUCUUAAGAACCUUUCUUGUUUAAAAUUGUGGCACAACAGUAUUUCAUAUGUCCCAGUGCAGAUUGGUGCAUUAUCAAACCUGGAACAAUUGUAUCUAAAUUAUAAUAAUAUUAAAAAUGUUCCAUUACAGCUAUUUCUUUGUAAAAAAUUACACUAUUUGGAUCUUAGCUAUAAUAAGCUAACCUCCAUCCCUGAAGAAAUCGGUUAUCUGACCAAUCUGCAAUACUUGGCUUUGACAAAAAACCAUAUUGAAAUGCUGCCUGAUGGAUUAUUUCAGUGCAAAAAGCUGCAAUUUCUUCUUCUGGGAAAUAACAGCCUGAUGAAUUUGUCCCCUUGUGUGGGUCAGCUACUGAAUCUUGUUCAGUUAGAGCUCAUUGGAAACUAUCUUGAAUCGCUUCCUGCUGAACUGGAAGAAUGUCAGUUCUUAAAGCGGAAUAGUCUAAUUGUAGAAGAAAGGUUGUUAAAAACACUUCCGUCUCGUGUAAGAGAGCGUUUGCAGACAUGUUCAGAUAAGUGCUAAGUUUAAAAUUAAACUCUGCAUCAUUGCAUUCUACAAGCCUUUUGCUUAAUAUAUGCUUAAAGAUCUGUAUAGGUGGAGAGAAAUGAAGGAGGGAUAACAGCUUACAAAUCAGUCUUAAAUUUAAAUGUGCUGAACUGAAUUGAUUGUAUUGGAAAAGAAAUACUUCGAUUUGAACAAAAAAUGCAGUUUUGAUGGGUAAUCAUACAUUUGAAAAAUCUGAAAUAUAAAUUGUUGGUUGGGUUCCACUUGUCGAAAUAAUUCAAUUAGAUGUUUAUGGUGGUAUUGAAAUGGAGGAGUUGAUUACCUGGCUAUAGUGAGUGUAUAUACUUUUUUUCCUAUGGGAAUUUUUUUGUUGAUAGUGAUAAUUUUAAACAGUUUCAUCUCCUGCCAUAUGAGGUUUAAGAACUGUCUGGAAUUAGUUUCUAGAUAUGAAUGCUUCACUAACUUAGAAUGUGAUAAAUUAAGAGUUUAAACUAUUUGAGCAGUUCAAUUGCAUGGGGUAUACUGAAAGUAAUUUUUCAACGUACCUUAAUAUUUAAAGCUGUUGACAAAUACUGAGCAUUAAUUCUAUAAUUGUGGAAGAUGCCAUUUGAAUCUUGCUAUGAAACAAGUUGGACAGUAAUACCUGAAAUCAGUUUCAGUAUUUUGUCUUUUAAAAAAGCAAAUAAAAAAUGAAUUAUUGCCUAGAAAUUAGGAGAGAUCAGAAGAAUCUGGAGUAACUGUUGUGUGCAUGUACUAGGCAACGAAUCUUACAGUACUGAUCUUCAUGGAUAAUGGUGGCAAAUGGAAUGUGCUAUAGUUACAAAGUUGUCGUCUAUAUGUUGUGAGCAUCCUAGGUGUUAGUGUAGUUAUGUCGCUGUUUAACAUUUUUAUAACUUCUCAUUAUUGACUGCCUCAGUGCUGCUUCUCCACACCCAGUUACUCUAUUUUGGUGGCUGGGGAAAGGAUGAAGGAGGUUUGUAUUAGGUAGGGACAGAAAAUCAUAGUUAAACAAAAUAAUCACACAGCUUAUAAGAAUUUGGGAGGGAAAAACAGGAAGCAUUACAAGCUUUGCCUCGUCUAGGGAUGUAAUAACUUCAUAAAUUAGUGGUGGAUUGAGUUCUUAUGCCAUCCUUAAUACUUGCAAAACUGGAUGGAAAUAAAAUGGUUCCUGACUUCA